AUGAGCCAAAUCCAAACUCCUACCGCUGCCAGCGGCUCCGAACACACGUUUCGAGCAUGGCUGACUAUAAUGGGGGCCUUCUUCACUUUCUUUUGCAGUGUUGGAUUUCUCAAUGCAUUUGGUGUUUUCCAGGCCUACUACGAAUCACAUCAACUGAGCAACCACUCUAGCUUCGACAUCUCAUGGAUCGGUUCCUUCUCUACUUUUGCGCUUUUUUCCGGUGCUCCUAUCGCUGGUAUCUUGGUUGAUCGUAUCGGACCGACGGCACUUCUCAUAUUCGGCGGCCUGGCAAUGCUUGUUGCAGUCUUCAUGAUUUCGCUUUGCGAGCAGUACUAUCAAUUCUUUCUUGCGCAAGCCGUGCUCCUGGGUGCCAGCAUGUCUUGCCUCUUCUGUCCGGCGAUCGCGACCGUCUCUCGAUAUUUUGACAAGAACAAAGGACUAGCCAUGGGGGUAACGGUGGGAGGAUCGUCCGCCGGGGGGAUCAUCUGGCCGGUUGUGCUAAACGAGCUCCUCAAUAAGAAUGGUGUGAGCUUUGGCUGGACCAUUCGCAUCGUCGGGUUCAUCAUGCUUCCGCUUCUCGUUGCCGCGGUCUUGACCGUCACCCCACCAGCGAAGAACGCCGCUGAUGAUCAACAGCAUCGUGUGUUGACCGAGGAAGAGCAAAGUGACAAAACAGCAGAGGGACAUGGAAGACACAAAAUCCUCCAACAGGGAACCAAGACACAUAAACAAGGCCUCGUCUCGCUCUUGAAAGACACCACCUUCCUGGUGCUCUGCUCGGGGCUUGCCAUUUCGUACCUCGGCAUGUUCAGUCCAUUCUUCUAUGCAACCUCCUACGCGCAGAGUCUAGGCCAUUCCACCAGUUUUGCGUUUUACUUGGUUUCGAUUGUCAAUGCUGCAUCUCUCUUUGGCAGAGUUCUGCCGGGGAUUCUGGCAGAUCGCUAUGGGCAUUUCAACAUCUGCGGUACAGCAGCUCUGCUAUCGGGAGCCACUGCGCUGUGCUGGACCGCAGCAAAGAGCUCCGGGGCGCUUGUUGUAUGGUGUCUAGCAUACGGACUUACGUCCGGUGCUAUUAUGAGUCUGCAGUCGGCUUGCGCGGCUCACCUGGUACCCCCGGAGCUCCACGGCACAGCAGUGGGAUUUCUCAUGGGCUCAGUUGCUUUGACAGCUUUGUUCGGUACCCCCAUUAGUGGCCAGCUGCUCGGAUCCUACGGAUAUCUUGCCUUGUCAAUUUACACAGGGGUAUCCCUUGUUUUGGGUGCCCUUCUCAUCUUUGUGGCGCGGUUCAAAAUGGAGAGGGUAAUAUUUGCACGGCAAUGA